UUUGUCCUUCACGCACGUAUUUAAACACAUAUAUAUGUUUUUUUGAACAUAUAUAUAUAUAUAUGUAUAUAUAUGCUUACAAACCACCACUUUACAAGCAAACCUUCCAUACCAGAAGAGCCAGCCAUAUAUACUAUUUUCAAUAUAGAGUAUUUCAUUUACCAUCAUCAUAUAUACCUCAUAACUAUUUAUAUCAAUCAAUAUUUUUAAACCGUUCAAAUAUCUCAUUCUUCUAUCUUCACAUUCCAAUUCCAAUACUUACCAUAAGAAUAAGAUGUCCAUUAUUGUAUCUUUGACUCUGUGAGCUAGGGAGAAAUAAUAUUACUGAAAAAAGGUAACAAAAAAAGAAAGAAAUUAUAGUUUUGAAAAGAUUAAGGAGGCCGGAGAGGAACAAGAGACAGAUUUCCAGACUGUUUGUUUGUGGGUCACCCCCAAAGAGUAAAAAGAAAUAGAAAAUGUUGACGUGUAUAACGUGCUCAAAGCAGCAGGUAGAGGAUGAAGGAGAAGAAGUAGGGGCGCGUGGGAACAAGGACGCUGUCAAAAACCUCACCAUUCAGAUGAAGGACAUGGCAUUAAAAGCUUCUAGUUCUUCAAAGGGGAAGCCCCCCACAGGGCCAAGCAGCUUCAAGAAAGGACACAAACCAUACACAGACUUUGACACCAUAACUAAAGGGCCCUAUCCUUAUAUGCAACCAGGAGGCUCCGGUUCGACCCCCGCUUGGGACUUUAAUAGUAACGAUGGAGGAUAUGAAGCCCCUCGUCAGUCUGGUCAUUUGGUGUUGGAUGACGACGAUGAUCCUGUAGAAUGGAUGGCUCAGGUAGAGCCUGGAGUUCAAAUUACUUUUGUGUCCUUGCCUAAUGGUGGAAAUGAUCUUAAGCGAAUUAGAUUCAACCGAGAGAUGUUUGAUAAAUGGCAAGCGCAAAGGUGGUGGGGAGAAAACUAUGACCGUAUCAUGGAGCUAUAUAACGUUCAGAGGUUCAAUUGUCAAGCUCUUGACACGCCCGCUAGGUCUGAGGAUGGGAGAGACUCGUCCUAUUCAAGGCUUGGAUCAGUAAGGGACAGUCCAAUGACAAGCCAAUAUAGGAACUACUACAAACCUCCAGAGCAAGGGGGCAAUCACCAGUACAAUGCGGGUCCCAGUGUUUACGGUGUUGGCGGGCCCAAAGGUGAGAUGUCAUCUAUGGAUGCAUCAAGGACAACAACUUCCUCUAGAGACGAGGCAUCGGUUUCAGUUAGCAAUGCCAGCGAUAUUGAUACAGAGUGGAUAGAGGAAGACGAGCCUGGAGUUUAUAUUACCAUCAGACAGUUGGUAGAUGGAGCCCGAGAGCUGCGGCGUGUCAGAUUCAGUCGUGAAAAGUUUGGGGAAGUGCAUGCCAAGCUCUGGUGGGAACAAAACCGAGAGAGAAUACAAUCUCAGUACCUUUAACGAUAUACUAAACUUUCUAACAGAUCACGAAUGAUGUCAUAUUAACAAAAACACAUAUUUCAGAUGGGAGAAUGAAGUUACUCCGCUUUCGGCAUCACACUGGUAUACAAGCUUUUUCGUGUUAGGCUUAGUCUAAAUUCGUGUUGGCUUACCCGCUUCUCUAUAGAUGUUCUUUGGUAGGAUAUGUCAAUGGGAAACCACUCUCACAAACUUCUGUAUGUUUGCUUAUUUGUAGUAAUGUAUUUAUACUCUGAAAGCAGAAGCUGGCAGGUUUAUUAA